AUGCAAGCUCUAAAUAAGAACACAACAAACUUUUCAAACUAUUCUAAGAUAUCUGAGUCAUUGAAAGAAGGAAACUUAAAACUGACAUUAAACCCAAUGACAGAUGAGUUUCUGUUUCAAGACAAGAAGAACAAUACUGUCUGUAUAAAUCCAACAAAAGGAACUUUAAACGAGAAACCUAUAAAUGAACUUCUUUUGAAAGCAGAUGUUGACAACAAAGCUGACAAAGAAUAUGUAGACGAUGCAAUAGCAAAAGAAGAAGAAAGAGCUAACAAUGCUUAUGCAACAAAAGAACAUACUCAUCCUGAACUAGCAGACAAAACAUAUGUUGACAAUAAAAUGUCAAGUGAAGUGACAAGAGCUGAAAACGAAUAUUCUAAAAAGACUCAUAUACAUUAUAUUAACCAAAUACCAAGUCUUAAGGAAACAUUAGAGACAAAAGCAGAUAAGACUCAUACACAUUCUAUAUCUGAAAUAACAGACUUAAACGUUAGCCUUGAAAAUAAAGCAGAUAAAACAUAUGUCAAUGAAAUAUACCAAAGUUUGACAGGAACAAAAAAUAUUGAAACUAUUGUUGGUGACUUUUCUGUCAAUGAAGAAAACAAAUAUUUUAGAUGGGA